GAAUCCCCAAAACUCGACUCUCGGCCUCCCGAGUUCCGAGUCACGACCAUGGUGGCCUCCGCCUCCCCCGCCGCCGCUGCUACCGCCACCGGUGUGUCAGCCGCCGCCGUUUCCGCUUCUUCCGCCUCGCACCGACGCCCUGCUUCGGUCUCCUUUUCUCUCCCUUCGAAGCUCCAGAAGCCUCUCCUUUUCCACGCCAAGGGAUUGGGGUUCCGCCGAGAUAAUGCUGUCGCUGUGAAGGCUCAAUUGAAUGACGAUGUUGGUGGAUCCGCCAAUAAUUCUGCAUCUUCUGGGACUAAGGCGGAUAGUUCAGCGCUCAAAGGGAAGAAUGUGAGAAAUGAAAAUGUUUCGCCACCUUCAGCUCCAUUAACGGAGGAGGCAAUUGCUGAGUUUAUGACUCAAGUUGCAAGCCUAGUAGAGCUUGUUGAUUCAAGAGAUAUUGUUGAACUGCAGCUGAAACAAAAUGAUUGUGAAGUUAUCAUUCGCAAAAAGGAGGCUUUACCUCAGCCUCCACCAUCCCAAGUUGUUAUGAUGCAAACCCCUGCAUCUCCGUUACCAGUUUCACAAGCAAUUCCACAACCAUCUCCUGCCCCCGCCCUUCCUUCUCCCGCAUCGCCAGCGCCUCCUGCCUCUGCCCCUGCAUCUACUCCUAAGGCUUUAAAGACAUCACAUCCUCCUCUUAAGAGUCCUAUGUCAGGGACACUUUACAGAAGCCCUGGUCCAGGCUUGCCCCCUUUUGUUAAGCCUGGCGACAAAGUCAGCAAGGGACAAGUACUCUGCAUUAUUGAAGCUAUGAAGCUGAUGAAUGAAAUUGAAUCUGAUCAGGCCGGAACUGUCGUGGAGAUACUGAUCGAAGAUGGCAAACCUGUAGGUGUAGGACAGCCAAUUUUUGUCAUCGAACCUUGAGCCUGUCCAUCUGCCAUGCUUACGGAUGCUCUCCGUCAGUUUCUCUUUCCUUUUAGUUUCUUCCAAGACUUGACUAUGCAUGUGAAUUGGAAACGGUGAUAGCUUUUAUCUGAGUCUAGUUGCUAAAAUGUAUUUUUUUUUCCCAUUCAAACUGCAAUAAAUCUUUGUGAUCUUGUUGACUCUUUGACACUGUAACUGACUGGUGCUCUCUUAUCCAUCUCGUUGAAACAAUUUGUUUUUAUUUUUUAAACAUUUUGUCUUGUACCAAACAUUUGGAUAUCAAUUGAGAUUGCUUGGAAUUCCUCAA